AUGAUUCGCAAACAAGCUCGCCAGCGGCGCGACUACCUCUACCGACGGGCGCUUCUGCUGCGUGAUGCCGAAAUCAGCGAAAAGAGGGCGAAGCUGAGAGCCUCUCUGGCCUCAGGAAAGCCCUUGGACCCGACAAUUGCCAACGACAAGUCGCUGAGGAAAGACUACCAGUAUGACGAGUCGCGAGAUCUUACUACGAAUGAGCAACUGGAUUUGGACGACGAGUAUGCGCAGCUGUCCGGCAUCGUGGACCCUCGAGUUCUCGUAACGACUUCUCGCGAUCCCUCGGCCAGAUUAUCGGCCUUUGCGAAAGAAAUCAGACUCCUUCUCCCGACCUCGAUCCGAAUGAAUCGUGGUAAUCUCAUCCUGCCAGACCUCGUCAAAUCCGCCCAGUCUGCAGGCCUGUCCGACAUGCUCCUGCUUCACGAGCAUCGCGGUACACCCACAGCCUUGACGAUUUCCCAUUUCCCCCACGGACCGACAGUGUCAUUCUCGUUGCACAACGUUGUGCUACGCCACGAUAUCCCCGGUAGCGUUCGAGGAACGGUUUCCGAGUCAUACCCUCACCUCAUCUUCGACGGCUUUACGACACGCCUGGGAGAGCGAGUUGUCAAAGUUCUCAAGCACCUGUUCCCGCCCAGAGAGCCAAUUACCAGCAAGGCUAAGAUUGGCAACCGCGUGGUGACAUUCAAAAACAUUGACGACAGCAUCGAAGUCAGGCAUCACGUUUUCGUGCGGACAGGUUACGAUAGCGUUGAGUUGGCCGAGGUCGGGCCUCGAAUGACCAUGAGAGUGUUUGAGAUCCGCGGCGGUACACUGGAGAACAAGGACGGCGACGUUGAGUGGCACCUGUCGCAAUACACACGGACUGCCAAGAAGAAGAAUUAUCUUUGA